AUGACGGAGAUUAUACAGCUGAGUCUGUCGCACGCGGGGUCCGGCUUUGUGGAUCGAAAGGGCCGCAAGAGAUCGAAAAACGGGUGCAUGACGUGCAAGAUCCGCAAGAAACGGUGCGACGAACAGCGGCCCAGCUGUGGGGCGUGUAUCCGGCUCAAGAAGGAUUGCAAGUACGUGAGCGAGGAGAUGACCAAGGAGGAGGUGCGGCAGCUGCGGCGGGAGUGCAAGAUCCUGGACGCCGAGCGCAAAUGUCGCCGUCGCAAGCCGCAGCAGCCCAGAAUCAAGACAGAGCCUGUGGACGAGCCCUUGGGCGGGAACAAGGUCGUAUUCAACCCGUUGUCGGUGGUGAGUACCGUUUCCGGCCCGCACGCGGCGGCCUUUUCCGUGUGGAACGCCUUUGACAGCACGGAAGAGCCGGACCUGAGGCAAAAUGACGAGCCGGGCCAGUUGGCGAGCACGCAGUUCAGCCCGUUGUCGCUUGCGGCCAAUUUCUCGCCGUCUUUCGCCAAGUUCCUGAACGAGCUGCCCCUGGACGAGGGCCGGCGGACGCCUGUUGGCGGCAACAUCACGCCGCUGUAUCUGGAGACUCCUCCCUCCGUGGCGAGCCCGCUGUACGCGAGCCCGUCGAUCGUGACGAACUCGCCGCUCGCGUCGCUGUCCAGCGUCGGCAAGCAGCUGUACGAGUACUACCGCGACAACCUGUGUCACGUGGUGUCGGUGGUGCACAAGAACGAAAACAUGUACCUGCGGACGUUUCUGCCCAUGGCACACAUGGACAAGAGCGUUUUGUACGGGAUACUGGCCUGGAGCGCGUUCCAUCUGGGUGGCACCAGGAUGGAGCAACAGGGCCAGUACUACAUCAACCGGGCGAUCGAGGUGAUUGGCGAGCGGCCGCUGCUGCCGAACGAGUCGCGCGAAAAUUACAGGGCUUUGGCGGAGGACGUGGAGGACGAGGAGCUGGUGACGAAGGAGACGGACGAGUUCGACGACUCGGUGGCGUUGUCGACGCUGGGUUUCUCGGACAUGAUCAAUUUGCGCCUGGCUGCGCUAAUGAUCCUGUGCGGAGUGGAAAUCUGCAAGGGUGACGUGAGCAAGUGGGCCAAGUACCUGCCCUACGGCGCGAGUCUGAUCAAGAAAAAGGGCGGGAUCCGCUCCUUCAACGGGUGCAAAGACGAGCAUUUUCUGGUGACCAACUACGCGUACCACGACAUGAUGUCUGCGGCGAUCGUCGAGGACCGCCAGCUGCACUUUGCGCUCGAGGAGUACGAGGAUAUGUGGAUAGCCUCGAACCGGAUCCGGUUUCUGGACCCGCUGCACGGGCUGUCGUCGCCGGUGUUCAAGAUUCUGGCGGAGAUCAACCAGCUGGCGGUGAAAUCGCGGCAGACUCUGAAACAGUACCACGACCCCGAGGUGCCGCUGAGCGAGGACUGCUGCGGUGCGCAAAAACGGCCGCACCGCAUGGCGGAGGUCUACGACAAGUUCAUGCACGAGUGCUACGCUCUGGACUCCAAACUGAACGAGGCUUCGCCAAACUAUAUACUGAUGAACGACAUGGACCCGGCGGACUUCGAGCUGCAGCUGACCAUGUUCGAGGCGUUCCAGCUGGCGGCGAAAAUCCAUCUGCGGCAGUCGGUGCUGCGCAUGAACCCGGCGUCGAUGGAGAUCCAGUACCUGGUGGACCAGCUGGCGGCGUCGCUGGACAUCCUGGUGGGGACGCGGCUGGAGGCGUGCAUCUGCUUCCCGGUGUUCAUAGCCGGGAUGAACUCUGUGUACGCGGACCGCGAGCAGAUGGAGGCGCGCAUCGACGACGUGGUGAAGCGGUACCGGUGGAAGAACAUUGUGCGGUGCCGGCUGGUGAUGAGAGAGGUGUGGAAGGUGAACUCGAACGGCGAGCGGUGGGUCGACUGGUACGAGAUUGUGCGCCGGCUGGGCUGGGACUUGAGUUUUGCCUGA